AUGGUGUUCCGCGCGAGCACCUCCAGCGUCACAUCUUUGCACUCCUACUUGGACCCCGAACUUCUUCGGGGCGUCCCCCUCCAUGUUUGCCUCAGCGGCUGGGCCAAGCACUGGUCUCAAAAGGAGGGAGCCAUGUUCGACGUGGACGAGCGCAGCUACGCACUCGGGCAUCAGAUUGAAAGCUACGAUUUCUUUCUCAGCCACGACUGGGCCACCGGCAGGUGGCUGAAGCUGCUGUCGAUGAUGAUUAUCUUCAACUCCCGUGCUGCAGCAGUCGCAUCCUUGGUGACAAGCAUUGUCGUUGGAGCUCUCCGCAUGACGGAAGUGAUUCCUGACGAGAUGUGGACAGUCAUUUUCGGAUAUGCGGCGUUUUUGCUGUUCCUUUGCUUCUGGCAGCGUAUCCGCCUGGUCAUCUUCAAGCCCUUAGUAGUUUUCGUGGACAAGCUGUGCAUCGCACAGCAUGACGACGAGCUCAAGGAGAAAGGCAUCCUUGGACUCGCCGGCUUCGUGGACCACUCAAAGAAGUUGACGAUCCUCUGGUCACCGCGCUACUUUAGCCGCCUCUGGUGCACCUACGAAAUCGCAGCCUUCCUGCGAGACCAGGUAACCGAUGAGAAGCCUUUGCAGGUGAUGCCGGUGAAAAUGUCCGUGAUCCUGUUCCUCCUGUCUUUCUGUUGGCAUAUUCUGACCAUCUGCUUCUACGUCCUGGAAUAUGUGACCGACGAUGACACGGGCAUGCUCGAUGAGAUUCUGGUUGGCGCCUUUGUCGCGGCUUUUCUGAUGCUCACCAUGCCCAUUGUCUGCUACAUCGGUAUCGGCCUCAUGAAAGACAUCCAGGAGCUUCCCAAUCAGCUGAAGACUUUUCGCGUGCAGGAAUCCAAAUGCUUCUGCUGUUCACACAACCACGUUCACCCUGAGACCGGCAGAAGGAUCAUUUGCGACCGACAGCUUGUCUUCAAGACCUUGAAGCGCUGGUUCGGAGCAGAAGGCAACACGCUUGCCCAUCUGACGCUUCCGUCCUGCGGCAGAAACGAAGAGCAGCACUUGGACGCCUUCAACUUCCUCGUGCAGAGCGACCUCGCCCAGACAGUGCUGAAGAGCGUGGGUGGAGAUACCUUGCCCUUUAGCUAUGCCGUCUACAUGGUGAGCAUUUGCUUAGCCACGCAGUCGGAGUGGAGCCUUCCCCAAAAAGCGCAGAACAUGUUUCCCAAAGCAGGCAAUGUGCCAUUUCUUGCGCAGUACAUGGCCUCCUGGAAGGCGGAUCCUCUGCCGCACAUGGGUGUUUACUAA